AUGGUUUUAGAAAAAAUCAAAGAUUGUUUAUCAACAUUAGCAAAUACGCCAACAAAUGAUAAUAAUAAAUUUCAACAAGUUGUUAAAGAUAUCGGUCGUUAUGUUUAUCAUUAUUCUAUUGUGUUUUAUUCAACAGUUAGACGAUUAGGUCAAGUUGAAGAAGAAAUGAUGAAGAUGAAAGUAGAAAUGGUAAAAGUGAAAGAACAAACAGAUAUUAAUAGUGCAUUAAUUAUUUCAAAUGAAAUUUCAUCUUUAUAUAUCGAAUAUAUAAUCAAGCCGGCGCUACUUCGAGUAUUUGGUGAUUCAUCAUGGGAUCAUUUUUAUAACAAAUUAUCUGAAAUUGAAUGUGAAAUGGAUAAUUGUCGACUUAAAGGAUUGCAAGCUGGCAAACCAGUUGAUGAAGAACAACUUUAUGAACCAUUAGUUAAGUUUCUUGAAGCAAUACAAAAAGAGAUAAAACUCAGCUUAACUGAAAUUCGAUUUUUGCGAAACGAUAGAAAUAGUCUUUGUCAUAUUCGUCAUAAAACAGUUGAUGAACAAUAUCUGCUCAUUGAAAAAGCUAAAAAGUUUAAAUUUACCAAAGAAUUCGAAUUCACUAAACAAGUACAAAAGAUGAUCUCUAGUCUGGAGGCAGAGAAAGCUUCUUUUCAUCGAUGUUACAUUUGAUAUUUGUAUUUUAUUUUUUAUUUUUUUUCUUGUUAUAUCUUAAUAAAAAGAACUGCAUUGAUGUAAGGGAAAUACAAUUUUAUGUAAGAAACUAAAUCUUCCAUUCAACGAAUAUCAAUUAUAUUGUUAGAAAACAUUUUGUAAAAAUUUUUUUCAUUUAUCAGCAAAUCCUACAAACAGCUUUUGACGUUUCAUAUUGUUUUUCGAUAUUUUUAUUUUCUGCUGAUUUAAAUUCGGUGAUCGAAAUAGUUUUUAAUGUGGAUAUUAAACAGAUUCGCAGGAUAAUUUAGUAAAUCGAAAUAAGAUCUCAUUUGAAUAAACAUUCUUCAAAUCAUGCUGGAAGCUUAGAAGUGAGUAUUAAGAUUUUGUACAAUUGUUAUCAAUUUUGUUCAUUAUCUUAAAAAGUGUAUGCAUUGGCUGUUAUGGCAAUCAGCGGAUGUAGAUGCUCAAAUGCCUAAAGGAUGGACACCCGUUCAUAUUGCUUCAAUUCGAGGACAUGAUGCAUGUGUACAAGGGUGUGUUUA